AUGUGCGUCCACAUCCACAUCGGAACCGUCGGAAGGUUCUUGGAGACCGACGAGUACUACCGGAGCCAGUUUGAGACAGGAACGUCUUGUGGUGCUUUAGAUGACAAGAACCAGAUCCGCAUAGGCUGGGAAACUGAGCUUUUCGGUGGUGCCUACGAUGAAGCUAAGCCUUUCGAGCGAUGCAAGUAUGGAGCGCUGGGGGUGAUGAACGACUACAGAGGUAUCACAUCAGCCUACCAGUAUGGUGACUCCUAUCUGGUUUUGAAGGAUGUCCGGCUCCGUGCCACCUUUGCCGCAACAGACUCCGGGGGUAUCGCAGGAUCGAGACUGGCAGUCUUGGACAAGUAUGCCCAUGUGUUGAAAGAGUACAACGACAAUGAACUCCAUCGGCUCAUUGAGGUGGCUAUGGCAAAUACGUCCCUGGACGAUGUUCCUCGGAUUCAGCCUCAGCUGCUGCGUGGCCUGACGGCGGACACCACGAACGAUUGGGUCACCAUGGGCUUCCCUGACCUCCCUCAAAAGAAGGGCCGCUACUACUUCGAGAUUGAGCUCAUCCGCGGGUGCCAGUCCCCACAGGUGGGCCUGCUCUCCAGCCGCUUCGAGCUCGCCCCUCGCACCAAGGGCCAGCAUCUCUACGGCGUAGGGGAUGAUGCACACGGAUGGGCUGUGGACGGGCAGCAUUCCAUCCUUUGGCAUGAUGGCAAGAAGCUGGCCUGGAGUAGAAGUUGGAACCAAAGUGGCAACGGCGCCUCCCGCCAACUCGCGCAGAAUGUCGUCGUCGGCAUAGCAGUGGACAUCGACGCUGGAAAAAUUUGGUUCGCCAGUGAUGGCGACUGGGACGAGGAGGCUACCCCGAGUUUCGGGCCGAAUCUGCUGCCGAAAGGCUCCAAUCUCUACCCCGCCCUCUCCUUCAAGGGCCGGGCACAGUUCAACUUUGGCCCGGACUUCAAGCACGCCCCGCCCUCCUUCAAGGGCAAGGCCUUCGCGCACUGGCCAGGGAUGCCAGACGGCAUCAUCCGUGCGGACUGCCCCAUCAUCGGCAACUCCAACAACGUCAACAUCUACAAAGAGAUCCAACUCCAUGGGGAGGUGAACCUGAAACGCAACGUGCAGCGGCUCGUGGCCAACCGCAAGCACCUGGAGGUGUCCAAGAGUGACCGGUCCUGGGCCGUCCGUGUGGACGGCAUGGACGAUGCAGAUGGCAGCUACUCGCGAAGUGGAGCGCGACAUGGCAAAGCCAUGUACAAGCAGCAAGGGGGGCGCUUCGAAAUCUCGUUCGACGCCACUUCUGGAAAGUGGAGGCUCACUGCGGAUGCUAGCCAGGAGGACAAGUGGAUCGCACAAGCGUCUGGAGACGAUUCUUUCGAGCCGCCUCGCUACGGUUGGCUCGUCCCACGAGAGCGACAGGGGCGUGUGCCUGUGAAGCUCUUCCGCUCUGUUAUGGCCAAGCUGGGCCUCAGCAAUGACAAGCAGGACGAGCUGGUGAAGUCCCUGGCCGAAAAGGCGAGCGACGCGGAGGAGGAGGAGGUCUUCCGCGUCGGCGAGAGCACGACUUUCUUGGACGAGUGGACAAAGCUCCAGACUGCGAGACAAGUCCAAGUCACGUCCGAGGAAGCCUGGGAGGCAUGCCUACAGGCGGCUCAUGACGAGGUGCUCGCACGAUUGUCGCUGCAGCACGUCGUUGUGGUGGAGACGCCGACGCAUCCGUAUCCCGCCCGUUCGCAUUCCUGGACGCAGGACGUGCACAUCGCCUCGGCCAGCAAACUGCGCGUCAACUUCAGCAGCCGUUGCCAAACAAACGACGACUGCGCGUCCUUGCAAGUCUUGGCAGGUGGGCUCAGCAAGAGCGCUGCUGGUGUAGGAGCGCGAGCUCAUUUGAAGGCGAUCACUGGCCCCGAUCAGGUGCAUGGCACGUUGGCAGGGCAAGCAGAGGGUGGCAAGUGGAUCGUCAACAUCGACAAGGACGAGUCUGAGAUUUGCGGCUGCUUCAGGGAGUGGCUGGACUCCAACCAAUCGCCCGGCCGAAACUGCACGGCAGUCUGUGCCAUGGAGGCCAAGGUCGUGAAGAUCAAGUACAGCAGUGGCCAGAAGAUCGGAGAUGAGAUUGCGGGCUUCACUUUCAAUGAGGCAUCCCCGAUGACGCCCUUCAGCGUGGCAGGCUUCUCGAAGCCAGGCGGUCCUGCCCAGCUCAAGGGUGUCUUCGCGGGCUGGUUCGUGGAUGUCAUUGCGCUGAUCAAGCUCAAGAAGUUCAAGUCCCUGGAGGGCGAGGGCUUUGGUGAAGCCCCGAAGAACCUCGCAGAGAUCGCUGCGAACAUAGAAGGCUUCAAGAAGCGCAUGAACGCGCUGCUUGAAGUCUCCGACAUAAACGUGACCUUCUACAACGGCCUCGACUUCCAGCUCCUUCCUGUCUGUGCUGCCGACUACAAGGAUGCGAGCAUCAGCGACGAGAUCAACGGUUUCAAUUCGACCGGUGGCGUGCUCAAGAUUUCCGGCUUUUGCGACACUGGCGAGGGUCCUGCACAAAGUGCUGGGGUACGCUCUGGCUGGCAUGUCAGCUUGCACGAGACUUUCAACCUGGAGGAGAACAAGCAAGUCCUUGGGGAUCUCACGCCGCAGCAGGCCUUGGAAGACCCGGAGCUUCUGCGCCAGCUCUCUGGCAUCAAGCUGAUGUUAGAGCCGGCGAACGCCGAGCCCGAGGAACUGUUCACCGGAUACGGCGACGAUGACUGGACGCCAUUUAUCGUCCCCAUCAACAAUGCCCAGUUCGUCUUUUCCACUGAUGGGGAUGGAAGCGAUGAUCCGGACAUGCGAUGGGGAGUGUUCGCAGUCGUGACUGAUGCCGACCGGCCGGAGCCAGCGGAAAGCAAAAUCGAGGAGCUCGUCGAAGCCUACACCAAGGCCUCGGCGCGGAUCAUCGGCAGCAACCUGGCGCAGGUCUCCAUCGAGCCUGAGGACUGGGACGAGGAUCGCCUCAAGGCACUGUGCGCACGCCACGGCUGGGAGUUCGAGUGGAUGACGGAGGACGGCGAGAGGCGUCGCCGGAUUGAGGGCGCGGAGCGAGCAAGGCGCGCAAGAUGGGAACCACAGGUGACAGGCAAGCCGUGCCUGUGCCCGAGAAAGCGAAGGCCUCUGAGGUCGAGAAG